AUGGGCAGUCUUAAAACGGAAGGUUCCGCUCCUUGGGAGUUGGCCGGUGCCAAGAAGCGCGAGGCCCUCGCAUCAUCGAUCCCUUCAGAAUGGCGCAUCCCGCAGGACUUGCUCCCUCCAGAGUCCCAGGAGGACGUCACAGGUUGGCCUGAAGCCUCUGGCUGGUUCACCCCGAAAGAGCUCGCCAUCACUGACCUCAACGCCGCUGAGCUUCUUCCCAAGCUUGCGUCUGGAGAGCUCAAGUCUAUUGACGUCACCAAGGCUUUUUGUAAGCGCGCUGCGGCGGCGCAUCAACUGACAAACUGCCUCUCUGAAACAUGCUUUGACCGCGCCUUCGCAACGGCACAAGCUCUCGAUGAGCACCUGGAGCGCACCGGUAAACCAGUAGGACCUUUCCAUGGAUUGCCGAUCUCGCUCAAAGACAACUUCAACCUGAAGGGCCUGGACGCCACUGUAGGAAUUGCCUCACACGUGGGUAGCCCGGCCGAGUACGAUGCUGCGCUGGCGACACUGCUGGAAGAGGCUGGUGCCGUGUUCUACGUCAAGACGAACGUUCCUACCGCGAUGAUGAUUGCUGAGUCGGUCAACAACGUGUUUGGAAGGACUGUCAACCCGAGGAACAGGAAUCUUACUAGUGGUGGAAGUUCGGGUGGAGAGUCUGCUCUGAUCGUGAUGAAAGGCAGCCCAUGGGGCAUCGGCACUGAUAUUGGCGGCUCCUUGCGCAUUCCGGCCGCGUGCACCGGCAUCUUCACCCUCCGCCCCUCCUUCGGCCGCUUCCCCACUCUCGGCUGCCGAUCCGGUAUGGGCGGCCAAGAAGCAGUCCAGUCCGUCAACGGCCCGAUGACCCGAACCAUCACCGACCUCGAGCUUUACAGCAAGACAGUCGUCAACCGCCAAACGUGGCAAUAUGACCCUCGCUGCGUCCCCAUCGCGUGGAGAGAUGUCGAACUCCCCAGCAAGCUUAAGAUUGCUGUCAUGUGGAACGACGGCAUGGUCAGGCCGACUCCUCCCGUUGCACGCGCCCUCCAUGAGACCGUCGAGAAGCUCAAGACAGCAGGUCACGAGAUUGUUGAGUGGGACCCGAAGGACCAGAAGGAGGGACUGAGUCUGCUCGACCGCAUGUUCGUCGCGGACGGCGGUAUUUCCAUCAAGAAGGAGCUGGACAAGACGGAAGAGCCGUGGAGGCCUGAGAUGGCGGCUUACUCCAAGGCAAAGGAGCUCGGCACAUAUGACAUGUGGCAGCUGCACCUACAGAGGACGGCGUUCCAGAAGAGGUACCUCGAUCGCUGGGUUGCAGCGGGUAUUGACGCUAUCUUGUGCCCUACAACGCCGUUUACAAGUGUCAAGAACGGCACGUUCAAGCAUGUGGGAUAUACCGGUGUCUACAACGUGCUGGAUUAUUCUUGCGUGUCUUUCCCUACUGGCUUGACUGCGGAUAAGAGUGUGGACGCACCCAGCUCAGGAGACACGCCGUUGGGACCGGUCUGCGAAGCAGUUCAUGCCGAAUACGACCCGAACGAUGUUCAUGGAAUGCCAAUCAGCUUGCAACUUGUUGCUAGACGCCUAGAGGAAGAGAAGGCAAUCGCCAUGGUCAAACAAGUACUAGAGGUUAUUUGA